AUGGCAAAGCAGGCGCGGGGCCAUCGAAAGCUGCUGCUAGGGCGGUACCAUGGCAAAGCAGGCAGCAGAGGCCAUCGGCCCUCCUUACUGGCUGCUGAAAUCUUGCGCUGCGCCGAUGGUGCACAGGUGUUGCGUGUGGGCGCUGCAACCCAGUUGCCCUUCAGUGAAGCAGUGGCCCGUCUGGGAAAUGGCUGUGGAGCUCCGAAAGAUGCCGAUCUCAGGCGGCGACUUGCGCAGCUUUUUGAAGAAAGUGGAGGUGGAGCUAUGGAAGCGGCCUGGGAUUCGCUGCCGAAGCUGAGCCCGGAGACGGCGCAUCUGGCGCUGACGAUCUUUGCGGAGCUGCGAUGUCGUCAGGGGGCCGUUUUUGCGUGGCCUCUGCUGCUGGAGCAUCGCCAACAGCUGCCGGCCGCGAAGCUGGCCGAGGCGGUGUGGGCGGCCUCUGCGGUGCCCAGCCCACCCAAGGACCUGUUGUAUCAGGCGGUAGGUCUGGCAAGGGAGUUGACCCCACAGCUGCCGGAGCUACCCGAUGAG